AUGUCCUCAUCUGACAUUGUGUUCCCUUUGCAUGAGUUUGACGACUCCUCUAUCAAUCGAUACAUGCAACACUGGACCCUGCGCUUCGAUGCAGUUCUUGACACGCGGAAAUUAUGCGCAGCUCUCACGCAUCUACUCAGCCUUGGCCAUUGGAGAAAAUUAGGCGGCCGCUUGCAGUUCAACGACGUCGGCAAACUUGAGAUCCAUGCACCUAGAUCAUACAGUCAAGAGCGACCUGCAUUUCAAUUUUCAGAGGAGACUUUUUUAAUGAAAGCUGCUGAACACCCUGUUGCGAAGAACCUCCCAAGGGCAAAAGGCAAGCCCGAGCUGUUUCCUGGAAUCACUUCGCAGUUCAACUCGUUGACUCUUGGCCCAGAAUGGGCGCUCGACUUUUCAGAACACGUUCGCCGUCAAGAGCCCAUCAUUGGCGUUCACAUAGCUCUCUUCAAUGAUGCGACAUUGAUCAGCAUCCGCUGGGUUCACGUGGUAUGUGACUUCAUGGGUAUAAAAGCUCUGGUCCUGGCAUGGUCGAUGGAUCUUGACGGACGCUACGACGAUAUCCCGCCUUUUAUGGGUGCAUACGAAGACCCUCUGAAACCCAUUGGAUCAGUGCCACCCAGGGAACCUUACGCUCUGGCGGAUAUGCAGUUAAGCCCCCAAGCGUUCAAAAAGACGUACGAAACAUACCUGGAGCACGUCGCGAGAUACCCAAUAUCGGUGCGACGCAUGCUCGUGCUACCAGACUCUGCCCUGCAGAGGAUCAAGAUGGACUUUAUCGGUGGCCACGGUUCGGAUAAACUUAAAGUCAUUCCAAAGGGAGCACUAUUCAACGGAAAAUUUGUGAGCGACGCCGAUAUCCUCGCUGCAUGGGCGGCGCGGCUUUGCUGCGGUAUACUUCCUGCGGCAGAUCGUCCUGUUCAUGUCAUGGGCAUGUACGAGGCGAGACACUGUUUACCACGAACGUUCCCUCAACGCGAGGACAAACCUGACUCGAGUCCUGUUUUCGUCGCCAAUGCCACUUUCUCGACCUCGACAAACACCACGCUUCAAGCGCUUCGGUACCAGCCACUAGCAAAAACCGCCCUCCUAGUGAGAGAAUCAGUGGCGACGCUGACCAAGCCCCCCCAGGUGCACGCUCAGCUGCAUCUCCUGCGGGAGUCUUACGCAAAGGACAAAGAAAACCCGCCCGUCUUUGCUGCUCAAGACGCAUUCAUCCUAGUCGUUUCCAAUUUCAGUAAAAUGAGGUUCUUCGACUCAAUUGACUUUUCCCCCGCUGUCAUUACUGCCGCCGCAGCCGGCCAUGGCAAGUCUCCGGGAAAGCUCGCAUGGCACCAGUGGACUUCGUUGGAGCAUAAUACGCAUAUUCGCAACAUGUUCCAAGUGGGUGGCAGAGAUGGCCAGGGCAAUACGUGGAUGAUGGCAAUCUUGCCGCCCGAGACGUGGGCCGUGGUGGAGGAGCAUUUAGCCGGCCUCUUGGAUGGUACGCCCAAGGCGCCAAGCAAGCUGUAG